UCAGAAAUCAUCCCUUUUUGAGAAUGUCUUCAUCCACAAAUUUCUCGGAGGCGGUUGCAAACUCGAGCAAAAUUAAGAGUGCGAGUAAUGAGGAAAAGUUGAAAUUGUACUCGCUCUACAAACAGGGAACGAUUGGGAGGAAUCGAACCCAGCAGCCGGGAAUGUUCGAUCUAGUCGGAACUGCGAAGUGGGACGCGUGGAAUUCGUUACGUGACAUGAGCAUGGACGACGCACAAAAAAACUACGUCACCUUAGUUAAUGGACUGCUCGGGGUGAAAAUUGAUGACGGGGAGAAGAUUUAUUCUCAGUCGUCUGGACCCGUUUUAGUCUCAGGUGUGAAUAGGAUUCGGAUAAUUACUUGGAACCGGCCGGAGAAAAAGAACGCUAUGAAUGAAGAAAUGUAUGUGACCCUCACAAAACUAUUGCGCGAUUUCAACAAUGAUGAAACUGUGGACAUUGUCGUCAUCACCGGGUCGGGGGACUACUUUUGUAGUGGGAAUGAUCUCGGAAAUUUUAUGAGUGUUGACAUGAACGAUAAGGAGAACGAGGUGAAAAAAUGGAUCGGAAUUAUCGAAGACCAUAUCGCGUCUUACAUCGACUUCAAGAAGAUCUUGAUCGGAAUUGUGAACGGCCCCGCGGUCGGUCUUGGCGUUACUUCGUUGCCCUUCUUUGACGCGGUUUUUGCCACGGAGAGGGCAACAUUCAACACCCCGUUUACUGCACUGGGACAAACCCCAGAGGCUUGUUCGUCCUUCUUUCUCCCACGGAUUAUGGGAUACGCUAAGGCCACCCAGAUGCUUCUCUUUGGCACGAAAAUUACUGCACGUGAAGCCGAACAAUGUGGCCUAAUUACAGAAAUUUUUCCUGACGAUGUUCUAAAAUCCAACGCGUGGGAUCGCAUCCAUAAAAUGGCAGAACUUCCAAUAAAUGCCCUACUCCACGCCAAGGAACUACUUCGAGGAAGAGAUCGCGACUUAUUGCAUCACGUGAAUAAAACCGAAAUGGUAAGAAUGAAAGAACGCGUUAAUUCUGAAGACUGUAUGGACGCAGUUCUCAAGUUCUUUGCACGAAAGACUAAAAAGUAAAGCCUUCAAAUUAAAAAAAAAACAAAAGUUUGAUUCAACUUAUUACUUAUGUAUGUAUCUAUUCAUACUUGUAAUAAAAUACUGCUGUUUCAAUUCA